CCAAAAGAUAAAUAUCCUGAUAAAAGAACUCUUGGAUAUCCAUUUGAUCGACCUUUCAAGAAUGGGUCGUUCGAAAAGACCUUCAAAGGAUUACGAAACACCGCGUACAGGGAUGUUUGUAUCCGCUGGGUUGAAAACUUCCCUGAUUUUACUGUUUAA